UGGGAACGCAGGGUGGAGCUUCUGCGUCGGCGCAAUACAGACAGCGGUAACAUGGCGGCCUUGUCAGUGCUGAAGCGGCUCUUCCAUGUAGUGCUCUUCCUGUCACAGUUCUAUGUUUUCUCCGGCCGUGGUUCCUUGAGUUUUGAACAUUUUCAAGCAGCGGCACAAGCUCUGAAAGACCAACCUGUACCCUCCACAAUGCUGCCAAGCAUCCGAAUAGUUGAAACCACCGUCACACCAGAUUACAUCUCCAAAUGUCCAAGCAAUGGGCUGUGCAGCAAGUUACCGGCAGACUGCAUGACAUGCAAUACAAACUACUCUUGUGUCUAUGGCAAAUCGGUCAGCUUUGACUGUAGGGCCAAACCUCAGGUUUUGUGUGUGGAUGACAACCAUCAACAACAAGAAAAUUUCACCUUUAACAUGACUUGUCAGUUUUGCUGGCAGCUCCCUCCAUCAGAGUAUGAGUGUACUAAAUCCAAUUCUAGCAUUUGCAUGACUGUUUCCUGUCCUCGGCAGCGUUACAAUGCUACUUGUACAGUAAAGGAUCACGUCCACUGUUUAGGUAACCGUGAGUUUCUAAAGAGGCUGUACUGUAACUGGACAGGAGGCUACAAGUGGUCUACUGCCCUAACUCUCAGCAUCACCCUUGGAGGCUUUGGGGCUGACCGUUUCUACUUGGGCCAGUGGAGAGAAGGACUGGGGAAACUCUUCAGUUUUGGAGGACUGGGGAUUUGGACUCUGAUUGAUGUAUUUCUAAUUUGUGUAGGAUAUGUCGGACCUGCGGAUGGGUCACUUUAUAUUUAAUGUCUUAGGACUUUAAAGGAAAACAAGUCUCAGCUUUUCAGAACAUUCAAGCUCCUUGUUGUUCUGUUUUGUAUAUCCUCUAAUGUACAGUAUCUGUACUAAAUUUGCCUUUUCAUUAAGAUUGGCUUUCUUAAGAUUUAUCCCUCACUAUAAUCCUAUAUCAUAUGGUUUUAUUUUCUAUGAAAAAUGCAGUACGUUUUUGUUAAAGGAGUAUUUUUCUCUCAUAAUGCAAUGACCUAUAUCUAGGAUAUACCAAUCUCUUUGCAGGGUAUGGAUCCUACCUCAGGGACCCCAUGAAGAAUUAAGAGGCCAGAAUGUUGAAUCAGUACUGCAGCUCCUUCAUUCUUGGGAUCAUUGGGGGUCCAGAGUUUGGACCUGUACUGGUAAUGGAAGUGGCAUAUUCUAGCCUUUGUGCAUAGUAACACCACCAACUACUGAAUGUGCAGGGGAACUGAUGCACAGCUCUGUUCAAGUGAAUGAGACAAGCUGACGUUCCCUGCACAGCCAGGUGGCCGGACAAUGCUGUAAAAGAAGAAACUGUUAGGCUAGGUUCACACUACCAAAUUUCCACCUGCAAUUCCGGUUUGAAAUUGCAGGCAGAAAUUCCGCUUACUAAAAUGUAUAGUAUAGUGAAUGGGUUUCCGUUCACAAAUUCACACUUCGGAAUUUGUGAACGGAAAAUCUGCUUGAAGAUUUCCGCCUGAAGAAUGGCGUUGCUCAUUCUUCAGGCGGAAAUACCUGCUGAACACAUUGCAGUCUAUUGGAGACUGCAGUGUUUGCACGGUCCUAGCGCCGACAGAUUCAGUCGGUGCUGGCCGCACUCGUAAUCUCUGGGUGGAAAUUUUCUGCCCCGAGAUUCCGUAGUGUGAACCUAGCCUAAGAGCUGCAGUUCUGAAUCAGAGCUGUGGUCCCUUCAUUCUCAGGAUCAUUGGGGGUCCCCAUGAGUCAGACACUAGCUGUCCCUUUUGAGAUUUGAAGAUCUUUUUAAGCUGACAUAAAUCUGCUAUACUGUAAGACAUCUUAUAUUAUACAGCUGUUGCAGCAUUGUUCUGAGAAGUCUGCUGCAUGAAUGAUUUGAAAUGAUCUUUGAAUAUCUUGAAGUAUAUCAGCAGAUGUACUGAGGAAACAGAGCAGCAGGUUAUGUUCUCAUCUAAAAAAACACCUUGCCCUUGUGGUUUGUUUUGUAAAACUGUCCAAACAGUAUGCCCCUAUAUACCAUGCCGGUGCCUGAUUCAUUGACUAUAUUUGGUACAUUUGCGAGUGUGUAUAUAUUUAUGUAUAUACUUUUUUUUUUUUUUGUGUGGAGGUGGCUGUAAAUCUGCAAAAACUGUAUACAUGUCCAUAUGUACCGAAGGUAGAUACUAUUAGACUACUUUUGGUCAAUUGAAAAAUACGGAUCCUGGCGUCCUGGCGUCCAUGUCUGUAUAUAUCCUGAGUGCUUGGACUAAAGUGUACAUAAACAGGGAGCUGGCUACAAUUGUUUCUUAUGACUGUGUCAAUGUCUGUAAACCACUUGGCCAUAAAUUGCAUGAAUUAAUUUAUUUUUAAGGUCAGUUUAGACUGUCACUGUAAUUCUAGGACUGUAUCCAUCGUGACAAAUUGAAUUUCUGUAACUUCGCUCUAAUUACAACAGUGGAUACUUGUAAAUAAGUGAUGUAAAGUAAAUGACAAAUAAAUGAUCUUUCUGAA